AUCACCACACACAAGUCGCAGGGACAAACAAUGCAAUCAGCCGUUAUGGACUUACAAGGCUGUAUUGGGGCCCAAGCGCCCUAUGUGAUGUUAUCUCGCGUCACAUCGCUCGAUGGUGUGCUCAUCAUGCGUCCAUUUGACGACAAAAAGAUCAUGAGCAGGCAAUCUGAGGAGAAACGGAUGGAUGACGCAAGGUUG